AUGUUGGAAGAAGGCCAUCAGCUAGCAGCCCUUUUUGGGGACUAUGUCAGACUCCCUGCCCUGAUCAGCCCACAGCCAAUGGCUGAGCGCCAUGGGUACGAAGGCCCAGGUGGUCUCUGCAGCGCCGUCUGGCUCUGGAGCUCCUGUGGAAUCACCCGAGGCUCUUCAACUGUGGAUGCCCUGAAGGCAGCUGCAGCAGGCCUGGUGCCAGCAGAGGGCACAUCGCUGAGUCCAAAGCCACCUGUCCAUCAGAAAUCUACCUGGGCAAUAGGGGGCCUGUUCCGUAUUCAGAAGGCAGCAGGGGAUGUGAGGGUCACCGUCAUCAAUAUUCCUGAAUCACAGCAAGCCCACUGCAAGUGGCGGGUCCCUCAAUUUGUCAUCAGCAAACUGGAUGAGCGUGCCUUGUGCAUAUUCAUUCAAAACAGUGCUGAGUCUGUAGUCAGUGCUGUCCAAGUGUUUGCUGUCGUCAUUGUCACCAUCAUCACCAAACAAAUGGUGACCUGUCAUAACUUUUUGGCACAAACUGAGAGGCAGGUGGCGGUGAAGAAAGACAAGAAGCCUAAGAAGUCAACUUGGAAGUUCAAUUUGGACCUUACUCAUCCAGUAGAAGAUGGAAUUUUUGAUUCUGGAAAUUUUGAACAGUUUCUAUGGGAGAAGGUUAAAGUGAAUGGAAAAACUGGAAAUCUUGGGAAUGUCGUUCACAUUGAAUGCUUCAAGAAUAAAAUCACAGUUGUUUCUGAGAAACAGUUCUCUAAAAGGUAUUUGAAAUACCUUACCAAGAAAUACCUUAAAAAGAACAAUCUUCGUGAUUGGCUUCGUGUGGUUGCAUCUGACAAGGAGAUUUAUGAACUUCGUUACUCCCAGAUUAGUCAAGAUGAAGAUGGAUCCGAGUCUGAGGACUAG